AUGAAUGGAAGGAUUUUGCUCACUGUCAAACGAAGAAUCAAAAACGCAAUAAUUUUCAAAACCAAACCAUCGGAAAAGUCAACGGCAACAUUGGAUAUUAAGAAGCACAAGUUAUCAGAAUGCCAGCUGUUGGAGACGGGAGGGCUGGUAUGGAAACAUUGUCUUAUCACAGAUGAUUUUCAUGUUGAGGGAAACCGCGGAUUAGCACUGCUACAAGAAGUGUCACACGGUAGUGGCAACAAUCGUCUGUCAACAGUUCCACAAGAGACCUGCACAGCACUUCCAAAAUGUGCAACAAGAAAGCCUUCCCAUUCUGAUGAGAAUCUCAAGUGGAAAUGUUUGGCCAAAUUACGAUGCCUUCAUCCUCUACCUCACGGUACCACUGCCUACACACUUCAGGUGGCUGGACACACUGUGACCUCCGAUUCAACUGCUGCCAUACUCCGCCACCCAACCAGAGCGAUUAUUUUCAAAUGGCUUCAGCUUGAAUCGAACGGAUAUCCCGAAAUCGCGUUUUAUGAACAAAUGUACGACGAAGAUGCCAAAGAGGCUUUUCAUCAGUUGCGACCGUUCUUACCGAGAUAUUUUGGUGUGUAUUACACUCCAGAUUUUCGUGAUAUCUAUUUGGGCCUAUCCGACAAUCUCGCUGCAUUCGAAUUUCCCAACGUGUGUGACAUAAAGCUUGGCACAAUUAAUUACCGGCCAGAGAUCCCGAUGGCCAAGAAACUUCACAAGGAAGCUUCUUACGUGUGGCGGAAACAACUCGGAUUCGUGCUCAACGGACUGAUGAUUUACAAUCCCACAACAAACGCUUAUUCUCAAACAACAAAGUCGUACUGCCGAAGUCUUACACCAGUGCUGGUUCGUGAAAACCUUGCAGUCUUUCUUGGGCCAGAUCCACAACGUCGAGCACGCCUUGCUGAAGCGUAUCUUGCCAAGUUAUCAAGCCUCUCUAACUGGUUUGUCACCCACGGAAUCGAUUCAUUGUUGUUCUGUCGAACCUCUCUCUUGUUGGGUCAUGAAGCCGCGAAGAAAUCUACUGAAGUGGUUGUCCGGUUGAUUGAUUUCACUCAUUGGAGCGAAAUGACGAGUUCUGAUGUUCCAUCAGAGGCGAAAACCAUUAAGGAGCUUACCACAGGUUUCUCGCAUGCGCUUACGGUUCUGAUGGACAUGAUUGAGGUAAUCGCUCAGCCGUCUAGGAACGGUAGCUAA